GGCAGCUUUCCCCACUCCUAUACCUCUACCUCUCUCUCUCUCUCUCUCUCUCUCUCUCAAUCAAUCCCAGCAUAAAACCUCCCUCACAACAAGAAGCAUACACUUAUUUCUUGCACCAAAGAAACCCAUCGAUCACAAAGUGGGCAAUCUAAAGCAAAGAAGAAAAGCCACUUUAUAUACUAUCAUUACAAUCAUAUCCAACUACUAAAGCGCCUAUAAUUUUUACACUAGUUCUCAUCACCUGAAACGAGUUCCAUCCACACUUCCAAAUUUAACCCAUCAAAGAUCAAAGAGAAAGGGAAAGGGAAAAAACAAAAGAAAGAGAGAUCAUCAUGGAGAUUGAAUCUGUCAAGUGCGAGUGUUGUGGAUUGAAAGAGGAUUGCACCCAAGACUAUAUCAGUGAGGUGAAGGCGAAAUUCGAUGGCAAAUGGUUAUGUGGGUUGUGCUCAGAAGCGGUUAGAGAUGAAGUUAGUAGAGGCAAAAAGCCAUUUGGAAUGGAUGAAGCAGUUAGAGCUCACAUGUCAUUUUGUGGUAAAGUCAAUUCAAAUCCAGCUGUUGGAGUUGCUAAUGGGAUGAGGCAGAUGCUGAGAAGACGUUCAGGAGACUUGUCUUCUUCAUCAUCUUCCAAGAAGUACACGCGAUCAGCAAGCACAAAACUCUACUGAUCAUUAAUCGGGAGGGAUCUUAUAAUUCCUUGCCUGGAAUAAUUAAUAUGGAUGGCUAUGGCAGCCUUUCUUGGCUAAGUGUUGUCUUGUCUUGUAAUGUACAGGGAAUGUUAUUUCAAAGGAGGCUACAGCUUGCUUUUUUGCACUAAACAUUUGUUAUGCUUUUCUUCUCCUUUGUUGGCUAAAGAGACAAAAUUUUCAAGGGAAAUUAAAUCCCCCCAUCAUUCAGUCAAGUUCCAUAGAUACAAUGGAAAAAAAAAGCUUCAACCCUUUUAA